CCGACCCGGCCAGUCGGUCUCGGCCGCAGCAGCCCGCGGACCGUCUCGUCGCCCCCGACCAGCCCCGGACAUGACCCGACUCGCCCCGCUGCUGCCGCCGCUGAUGACGGUGGCGGCCGUCUUGGUGGCGGUGACGGCGGCGGCCGGCAGCGGUGACGCCGCCCUCGACGGACGCCUGUUCAACCUGGUGCCGCGGCCGCGCCUGCAGGAGCUGACCCUCGCCGACCUGGAUGCCACCCUGGACGUGCUGACCGACCUGCUGGAGGAGAGGACGCUGCCCUCCGGCGGCAAGGGCUUCGUCUCUCGGAUGGCGGCGCCGACGCUGUACUCGGACAGUGCUCUCUGUCAGAGACACACACAGAUCUACUGGGAGCAGUUCUCGACCGGAGCGCCGACCGGGUGGCCGCAACUCAUGUUUGAUGCCAGCGGCAAGCUCCCAGACGGCAUUUUGGUGGGUAACCUGAACGUGUUCGGCAGCAGAGACGAGUGUUUUCUGGUGAAGGCGAGCCUGGACAACGACACGUACCCAGAUCUGGACGACCAGGAGCUCCAGUUCACCGGUCGGUAUGUGCCAGUGACGGUGGCACCGGCCCCUGUGUCGUCGGUUGGUGACGAGGAGGUCGGCAGAUGGCGGCAGGAAAAGGAUGACGGCCUUGGUACCAUCUUCAUCCUCCCCACCCUGGGAAUACCUACCGGGGUGAUCGGCCUGUGUGUGCCGUCCAGCUGCUCCAGCGCCGAUGUGCAGACGGGUCUCCAGAGCAUGCUGGGGGACAACGUCACGGUGGUGGCCUUCACGUCCGAGGUGGCCGACCAGACGGUGGACCUGCAGCCGGCCGACAUCGUGGUCAUCACGCUGCUGGCGCUGGUCGGCGUCCUGCUGCUGGUCGGCACGGCGCUGGACGUGUGGCUCGGAUACCGGGCCGAGCGGCAGGCCGACAAGCUCAGGAUGACGUCCGUCGUGGACAGUCCCAACUCGCGGCUGCCACAGAUGCUCCAUGUCGUCGAGCCCAAGCCAGCCACGAUGCAACAGAGAAAGCCGCCCGCCCUGGCCACCUGGCAAAGAGUCCUGGUCGCAUUUUCCCUUUACACCAACACCAAAAAGCUGUUGGAUACGUCGACAAGUAAAGGGACGCUGAGGUGUAUCCACGGCAUUCGGUUCUUUUCCAUGACUUGGGUGCUCAUGGGACAUGCCACACUGCAGUUGCUUAGUUAUGAUCAGAACAUCUCCGUCGCGCUAGACUGGAUCAGAACGGUUGCGUUUCAGGUAGUCGUUAAUGCGUCACCAAGUGUGGACACAUUCUACCUUCUGUCUGGAGUUGUGCUGGCUUACAGCUUCUGUGGAACCUACGAGAAAAGAAGAAAGUUUAACAUAUUCAUGUUUUACCUGCAUCGAUACUUACGCCUGACACCGCCAUUAGCCAUCAUGAUUGCAGUUACUGCUACCAUAUUUGUAUAUUUUGGAAACGGUCCUCUUUGGGCUAGAACCGCGGAGCUUCAACAAGACCUCUGUCAGACUGACUGGUGGCGUAACCUGCUUUACAUCCAGAAUUACACUCCUAUUAAGGAUGAAUGCCUUGCGCAGACCUGGUACUUGGCCACAGAUAUGCAAAUGUUUUUGUUUUCUCCAGUAGUUCUGCUUCCUCUUGUGUGGAAGCCUCUGUGGGGGGCUCUUUGGCUCGGGCUCCUCACUGUCGUCUUCCUAGCUCUUCGCAUAUCGAUAUGGAGCGUAAAGAACCUUCCGCCCACCGGCCUCAUGCUGAACGUUCCAGAUCCCGUAGCGGCUGAAGAGCUGGGGGAUCAAUACGCCUAUACUUGGAUGCGCUGCACGGUCUGGCUGACUGGGAUCGGUCUCGGCUACCUCCUCCACAGGCUGCGCGGCCGCCAGAUCACCCUGAAGCCGUGGCUCUGGCUGUCCGGCUGGGUCGCAGCCUUCGCCAUCGGUAUCUCGGUGAUAUUCGGCAUGACUGGUUAUCAGAUGCCCUGGCAGCAGUUCAGCAAAGCUGUGGCCGUGUCCUAUGGAGGACUCAACCGCACCGCGUGGGGCGUGGCAGUCGGCUGGGUCAUCUUUGCCUGCGUCACCGGCUACGGCGGGCCCAUCAACACGUUCCUCUCCUACCCGGGCUUCAUUCCGCUCAGCCGGCUCACGUACGCCGGAUACCUGAUCCACAUCAACGUCCUUCUGCUUGUGGAGGGGUCUGUGAAGAGCACUGUUUACCUCGACUCGUACCGUUAUACGUACCGCCUCCUUGCCCACGUUAUUGUCACUUUCGCUGCAGCCAUGCUUCUCUCAUUAACAUUUGAGGUUCCGUUCAUCAACCUCGAGAAAAUCAUGUUUGAGCCGAAGAAGCCAGCUGUGAGCCUGGGUGGCCCGGCCGUUGCGGCCUCCGAGCCAAAGGCGGACGGCAGUGAAGUGGAGGGGACUGGCCUGGAAACUGACAAGGAGGCAGGUCCGUCGAUCAAAGAAUAAUAGAGUUGUGAAGUUGACCAGGCCUUGAUUCAGGUGAUUGUCUGGUAGGUCGCCAUUUGGAUUUCUAGAAAUCGAAUUCGGCGUUGUGCCCAUGUAACUAUAUGCAUUGUACAUACGCCUCAUGGUAUGUGUAUCAAAAGACAGCUCGAGUAGGUAUAUGUUACACCAAAUCAUGGUGUUCAAUUUAAUUUGUUAUCUUAGAAGAUCCAAUAGAUUCGAUAUUGUGACACCAUUUUUACCACAUGAGAUGUUGUUUGAGACACGGUAAAGUCAGACUGGUGACGAUGUGUUUCAUGCUCUAAUCCACGGGAGCGAGCUUCACUCUGUCACUUUAUACCGAAACACAAACCAGCCAUCUUGCCUAUAUCAAGGUUGUAAGUGCGCAUGGAAGUAGGUCUUGAAGGUAACACAAAUUACACACAGGCUUGCCUAAUAUAAGAUAUCUUUGAACAUACAUUCCAUGAAAGCUGUAAAAACUUGAAUGACAACGCUUACUAUUUAUGUGACAACUGACAAGUAACACAGAACGAUGAAGUCACCAAUUAACGCUAUAUCGCCCUAUUACAGUUUACUGGAACCAGUCAAGAAAAUUGUAUCAAAAUGCAAUGCUUACCUAUGUGUGGUGCUCAUUACUUUUAGAUGUAUGAUUUUCAGUAUGCAUGAUUUGUAUUUAGUCGAUGAAUGUUUGUUUUGGACACAAAUGUGAUACUAGCGAAGUUACUAGCAUCAAUUAUGGUGUUAGACUUCUCCAUGUAGGUACAGAGAACCCUGUGUGUGUCUAAUAAAUAGAAAUGUAAAAAGUAUAA